AUGAACAACGGACACCACUACCAAGCUUCUGGUUCAUCACACUUCUUCAAUCGACUUAAAGUUCCAUCGCUUUUACCGCCGAAGCCAUCAUUGGCUCCACCUUUACUGCCACAACCAAUAUUACGACCACGAAAGCGACCUAAUCCAUCUCCACCAGUGUUUAGGUCGGUACCUUCGAUGGUGCCUCGACUGCUACCACAACCAACUUUCAAGGAGAGAGAGGUUAAAAAGUUCAUUGAGAUCAGAGUGUAGGUUUGUUUGUACUAUAUUAUUUUUUCGACGUUAUCUUUCGCAGGUAGUGCUAAACUCUCUGUUUCUAGCCUUACAGGCCUACGAACAGCUAAUUUAAUUUGAAAUUUAAACAUUUUGUUUCAGACCAGAAGUAUCAUCAUCAAGAGCUCCAACAUUCGAUGCAUAUCUAGAAGAAAACUUCUUUAUACCAUUGUCAAAAGGUGAACAGCGGCUGACAGAAGUGUUAAUGGAGAAGAACAAGCAAAUCGCUCCGGCUGGUGAACAUUAUGAAGCGAUCAGUAGUCUGGUCGGAGAAGUCAAACAGGCCUUGGAGAUGAUCGUGGCCAUGGGAAUGUUGAGCUUUUUGGUAUGAUUUUGGUGUUCUGGAGCGAAAAUUUGGGAUAACUUUUGGCAAUUUUUGAAUUAUGGAAACUUAUUGGUUUUAUAGUGGUUAACAUUACUGGUGAUAUUUUUUUUUACAUUAUAUGCAUAUUGAUAUUGAAUUCUUAACUAAAUUUUUGUGUGGUACAAUAUUCAAUCAGAAAUUUUAACAGAAAAUGGAAGAAUACCGCGUGGUGGGAUCUUUCAAGCACGAUACGAUGUUGAACAAGAGCAAUAUCGCCGAAAUGGUACUCAUAUUCAGUACAACAGUUAAACGUAAGUAUUAAUACAUACUACUUGCUAUCUAUAUAAGUUGUGGGUAAUAUUAGCUAGUUAAAGACAUAUGUCGUUUUCUAACAGGUAAAUCAAACAACGACAACUCUUUUUGGAUCUUAUGUUUAUAUUAUUCUUGUAGAACCAAAAUUUUAUAAGUAUUAUAAUCAAACAACAAACUUAAUAUUAUAUUUUCAGAUGACGAUGUAAUAAAACUGGCAAACGAACUAGUGGAUAUAGUAAAAGACCGUCUGACCGGUCAAACCUUCGAAGUCAGAAAAACACCGUACGGAUGUAAAAUCCAGUCUUCUGCUGCUACAGUAAGACUUCUACCAGCGUUGGCAAACGAAGAUGUAGAGUUGGAGAAGGAUGUACAUAUGGAAAAGGGAUUCUUCGUACGAAACAAGAUGGCACUGAAACACACGUACUGGUUGGAGGAUAAUGUCAAAAACCCGAACAUUCGAAUACUCAUAAGACUGGUCAAAGAUGUACGAAGACGAGCCAAGGGAAUGCAAGCUUUAAAUUCAUGGACAAUAUCACUUUUGGUACGAUUUUAUAUGGUAUUAUACGUAUUAUAAUGCCUUGGUUCACAUUGUUAAGUUGCGACGUUAAGGUUAGGUUAGAAAUACGAAUUGAUUAUAAAUAUGUUUAUGUUUAGUCAUGUUGUUGUAGGUAUAGGUUGAAGUUAGAAAAUACGAAAUUAAAUUAGCCAACUGUAGAAUAUUGUUUUAGGCCCACUACUGUGUCACUUAUACAACAAAAGGCACUGCUUUAACUUUGUCACACGCGUUUAGACGAUUUUUUUCUCUACUGUCGUCUGGUAUACUACUACAUACGAGUUUAUCUUUGACCGACCCAUGUGGUACUGGCACCAGAAUAGACAAAGGUUACAGUUUGAAGGAAGCAGUAGGUUUAUAUUCAUUUUGGCGUAGUUUGAACGAUAUCAUAAUAUGGUUUACACUGGUAACAUGAAUGUAGUACACGUGGACUUACUUUUUAACUCAUUGAUUAAUAUCAUUGUUUUGUAAUUUAGGAUGACAUCUGUAGAACAGCUCAAUUUGUCCUCCGUUUGUUGAUCCACGAGAAAUACGAUCGUAUGUUGGGGAAUAAGAAAGGUCAUAUGGAUUUGUGUGCUGAAAACGAGUACGACAAGAAAAGUUUGAACAUAGCACCAGUACGUUCGGCUUAUGAUUCGGAAAAGAUGGUUAACUUACCAGGCCCUGGGUUCUCUUCUGAUUUAUAUGUAAGUUUUAAGUAAUUCAGAGGAUAAUUUUAUGAUUUUGAUAAACAACUUUUAUCUGUAACGCUAUGAUAAGUUGCUAUAAAAUUACAUUUCCAGCGCUACGAUGAAUCUCAACCAGAAUACAAGAUGGAUCCACCAUUAGCCAAAUCCGAGGCCGUUUCAGUAGAAAUUCCGCCAAAGCCUCUGCCGGCUCAAAACGAGUUCAAAGAGUUCUACAAGUCGAUUCAAUUUAUCAACUUGAGUCGACCGACCAUAAACAAACCGACUGCAAACGCCAUGAUGAGGAAUGCACUGUACAAUCCGUAUUAA